AUGAGCAAGACAACAACAAGAACAUCUUCGGAAAGUAAAUUAGCCUUUACAUCAUCGGAGGCUAUUAAAAAGAUGGCUGAUGGUAUCAUUUCGGAUAAGAAGAAUACAAAUAAUUUGGUUAAAUUAACAGAGUUUUUAGAAGAAUUAUUUCCUUUAUCUUCUCAAAAACAUCGUAAACUUGCUCUUCAAACAAUUUCAUCACUUGUGGAUGUUUUUAGUCACUUUUUUGAGGAAGGAACUCUUAUAUUAACAGUAACAGAAUCAAAAAAUCAAAAAGAUGCUGUCGCUUGUGAUGUUAGUAAAGAAAAAUCGAUACAAAAAAAGGAAUAUAUGAAAUGGAUUUAUGAACAAUAUGUUUCAUUCACAAAAUAUUUACCACUUUAUGCUGUUCACUAUUUUACUAAAUUUAAUGAAAAUUAUGAAGAAAUUGAAACUGUUAUUAAGGCUAUUUUGGAUCUUUCUAAAAAGGAAUUAACUUCUGCUAGUGGAUCAACACUUGUUGAAAUGGAAAGAGAAAGAAAUAGAAUUAACACUAUUAUAAAUGAAGGUCCAUUCGGUUCUUUUAUUUAUCAUUUGAUAUAUGACCCAAAUAACAGUGAAGGAAAAGAAUUUGUUAUCACUUGUCUUAAAGAAUAUAUUUUCAAAUUCCAUGAUUUGAGAUUUUUUGCUUACAUUUCAUUGACAAAUGCUAUCAGAAAGAUUCGUUCAAAGAAGAAGAGAAUGCUUACAUAUCCACAACUUUAUGAUAAUGUUUUGCAAAUUAUUGAUGGUAUUCCAAUAAUUGAUGUUAUUGGUAGAUUUUAUUUAUAUGAUGGUUAUGAUUAUGAUAGUGAUGAAGUAAAUAGUGAUGAAGAAGAUGGAAUGGAUGAAGAUGGUCCAAAUGAAGAUGGUAUUCCAGAUGAUUUUAUGAUGGAUCCUGAAUUGGGUGAUUUGAGUUCAUUGACUUUACCAAGUUCUCAAAAGAAAUCAACAGAAGAAAAGAAGGAAAGCGAAGAAAAGGAUGAAGAAAUGAAGGACGAAGAUAAGGAAAAUAAUUUACUUGAUCCAGAUGUUCACAUUAAUGCCUAUACAAACUUUUGGCUUGCCUUCUUACAAAUACCAGAAAUGACUAGAUCUGUUUAUGAAAAAGUUUUGAGAAAGAUGAGCACAGAAAUUAUUCCACAAUUUGAAGAUCCAUUCUUGUUGAAUGAUUUCAUUUCUAAUUCUUUUGAUCAGGGAGGAUUGGUUGCACUUCUCUCAGUUAAGAGUUUAUUCAUUUUGAUUACCGAGUAUAAUUUGUAA